AUGAGCUCAAACAUUAGCUUAAAAAUCAUAAAAGGUGAAGAAAUUAGAAGAGUUAAAGAAUUACCAGACUCAUUUUCCUCACUUCAAGCUGUCUUGAAUUCUUUAUAUGGCUCACCUGCUUUCCAAAUUUCAUACCCAGGCGAGGGUUCCGAUCUUAUUUAUAUUUCAAAUGACGAUGAUCUCAAAAAAGCUUAUGAAAGAUUUAAUGGCCAAGUCAGUGUUAGGCUGAUUAUAAAAGAAAUAAAUGAAGAAGACUUGAUGGCCAAAAUAGAUAAUAUGAGACAAAGUUUAUCUGAAAUAAUAUUAGAAAAGCCUAUCAACCAUGAGCCUGAGGUAAAAGUGGUAGAUCCUCUUAUAGCAGAUCCUACGAGGACUGAUAUUGUUUUUGAAGAAGAAAAAAGUGCAAGCCCCCAAAAAGAAAAAAAAUUAGAAAAGAAAGAGAAGAAAGAGAAGAAAAAAAAGGUUGCCAAAGAAAACAAAAAAGAGGGAUUUAAGCAGCAACAGCUUAUACAAGAAAUUAAAAAAAUAGCUAAAAAAGAAGCUGCAAAGGCCGCAAAAGAAGAAUCAAAAACCCUUGAAAAAUCACUUGGCAGUCAAAUUAAAAAGGAAUUUCAAUCUCUUUCAGGCUCUUCCAUUGAAAACAUCGAAGAUAGAUCUCUUUCUGACCUAAGAAGAGAAUAUGGGGAUAAAAUUCAUUUGAAUGUCACAUGUGAUGGAUGUGGGAUGAGUCCAAUACUUGGAGAUUUAUACAAGUGCACAGUUUGCGAAGACUUUGAAUUCUGCAUGAACUGUGAAAACAAUAUUAACCACCCCCAUUCAUUUAUAAAAAUUAAGUAUCCUCAAUCUAUUUAUAGGGGUUUCCCCUAGAUAGCCCUUACAGGGCUGUGGAUUCUGUCCGGAAUCUUUGGUUGGUCGAACUACUUACUAUGUUGGUCGGACCAACUGACUUGUUGGUUCGAACAACCAAAGUAUUCCGAACAGAAUCCACAGCCCUGUAAGGGCAAUCUAGGGAAACCCCUAUAUAAAGCCCCUGCUCAAAUCAAGCGAAAAGAUAAAGAUAUUCUGAUGGGCUCAAUGGCUGAGCUAUUAUUAAUGAAAACACUUAACCAGCAAAAGUCUAAAAAACUUAAAGCUAAAGUGUUGAAAAUUCUCAGUCCUAUAGAAAAUGAAAUAGUGCAAGCAGGAAAGCCAGUAUCCCAACAAUGGAAAUUAAAAAAUAAAGGCUCAAAAGCAUGAAAAGCAGGCACUAAAGUUGUAUUUUGCAAAGGAAACUGUGAAAAGGUAAGUGAAGCAGCCUUAGCUCCAAAGGUAAACCCAGGAGAAAAAGUCAUUGUAGAAGUCCAGUAUUUUACACCAGAACAAGAAGGAAUUUGCAAAGGAACUUGGCGUUUAGAAAGCAAGGGGAAAAAAUUCGGGAAGCUUGUGUCCAAAGUAAGAACUGUAAACUGCCUAGACAAUGAGUUCGAAAAGCUCAAAAUUCUUAUGAAUAUGGGCUUUACAGUCGAGCAAGCUAAACUAGGUUUAUCAUCAUCAAAAGAAGAUCUUAAUAUGGCAAUAUCCCAGAUAUUCAGGUUAACAUAA